AUGUCGUCUGGCUCAGGAAGCCUCCGUCGCCAGGCCUCAGCUGUUCCUGGUCCCAAACCGCCUUGUUCAAUUCAUCCGUCUGCCAUAAUCUCCGACAAGGCUGUGAUUGUUGGCAUUCAUCCAGUAUCGAUUGGUGAGAAUGUAGUACUCCACCCCUUCGCCAAAAUCACAUCCAACACGGGGGCUGUUUGUAUUGGAAAAAACUGCGUUAUAUCGGAUCGUGCUAUUGUAGGGUUGAGUGAUAGCCCUGGAACUUUUGCUGGAACAACGGUCGAGCUUGAGGAAAGCGUCAGCGUCGAGAGCGGUUCGAUCGUGCAGGCCGAGAAGAUAGGAAGUGGCAGCACAAUUGAGGCCAACUCAACAAUAGGACCCGGUGUGGUUGUAGGCAAGUUCUGCAAAAUCACUGCAUCUUCCAACAUUCGAUCAGAAAACCUACCCGACUAUACCAUUGUCUACGGUGGAAACGCUAGGCGCAUAGACACAACCACAAAGACUCGAUCAGAUGUCAGAGACCUCAAGCUCAAGGGUCAAGCGAUGCAUAUCGAAACGCUGAAGCGUUUGGUCCCUAGCAACACUAUGAAGUGGCUUUCAUGA